UCUAGUGCAGAAUCAACACGCGGAUCAACAGCUGCAAAGUUCGCGAUCCUUGAUCGCUCCCGGUUCAGUAGCAGACGAUAUUCCGUAAUGCCUCGUUCUUUUCUAAUCAAGAAAAAAAUUGCUUUGGGUAAGAAAGAGCGUUGGGAUGACGAGAUGGAAACAAAUCACGAAGGAUUAGAAAAUAUUAAAAACUCAUCACAUCAUAACAUUCAAGAUUCAAACGCUGCUCUAGCAAGAAUUUCGAGUCCAAAUGAAGUAAACAACAAAACUGGUGAAAACACAAUGGCCAUGAUGACUAGUCUGAACUCAAAACAAGAUGGGUUGCUUUCAGAACAGAAUUUGCAAAAUUUCCUUCGACUUUCUUGCAGUUUCGUUCCAGUGCUACAAAAAGGCGCUGUGAAAGAAUCAUUACUUUUCGGAAGCUUGCACCAUCCGUUAAUGCAUCCUUUCAAACAAGUCGAAGAUACUUUUCAAACAGAUACUGAUACUUUUGAGAGAUCAGGAAGAUCGAAGUUCAGUUUAUGGAGACCAGCCUUUUAUGAAAGGGACACACAAGUAGAAUAUCCACCAAAAUCUUUUAAAUGUUACUAUUGCGGGCAAAUGUGCGACCACGCAUCUUAUGUAAAUCACAACGCGUACUUUAAGUGCUGUGUUAUAUGUGCCUCACUCGAAGGACAAUUCAAUGACUUCACCUCUAGAGCACAAAGAACUAAUUCUGUCACCCACCUACGUCCCGAUUUUCUAGUCGAUCGAACACUUAAAGAAAUUUACAGACAACCAGAAAUGGACAGAAUUAAGUUUUCAGUUGGAAAAAAGACUCCUUAUGGACCAAAACCCUUAUUACCAAUCAACCAGAUAGGAAAUCGAUUGCAGAAUAGUAAUGAGAUUAAUUCAUCUUUACCAGUAAGAAGCUUGGAAAGGAGUCAAGCAGACCAAUACACUUCUAAGUCAUCUCCGUCUGGUUGCAAGACCUUCACUUGUAAGCAGUGCGGCAAGUCAUUCAAGCGCUCUUCAACGUUGUCGACUCAUUUGCUCAUCCAUUUAAACAUCAGACCAUAUCCUUGCUUGUACUGCGGUAAAAGCUUUCACCAGAAAUCAGAUAUGAAGAAACAUACGUACAUUCAUACAGGAGAGAAGCCACACAAAUGUGAGGUAUGUGGCAAAGCUUUCAGCCAGUCAUCUAAUCUAAUCACACACAGUCGCAAACACACAGGCUUCAAGCCCUUCCUGUGCAUCAUCUGCAACAGGACAUUUCAACGAAAGAUUGAUCUUCAUCGGCAUAUCGAUUCUAAGCACUACACAAGUUCAAGUGAGAGCACUUUAUCCAUUAAAGAUGGAAUCUGUUAAAUGAAAACUCCUGUAACAAUAAAAUGUAAUAAUACACUAUACCUUCACAAUGCUUCUGUCACAAUAAAUUACUAUUGAAACUUCC